GAUGGAAAGGUCGCAGAUUCAUCUAGUUUGGCCAAUGAAGUUGCUGGGUCAGUUAAGGCUGGAGAACCUACUGCUCCUGCACCUACCAACCUUGAGAUAGUCCAAGAGUUAGCAAAAGUAAGUGGAUCUUCCGAGGAGCAAAUUCAAGCUCAAACUGGCCUUGAUGAUGCCAUGAAAAGGCGACUGCAGAAGUUGAUUGACUCUAAUCGAGUGAUGCUUUUCAUGAAAGGAACCCCUGAGGAGCCCAAAUGUAAAUUUAGUAGAAUGGCUGUUAAACUUUUGAAGAAGUAUGAGGUUGAAUUUGGAAGUUUUGAUGUUCUUUCAGACAAUGAAGUCAUGGUGGGGAUACAAAAGUAUUCUAACUGGCCAUAUUUACCACAUAUCUACUUCGAUGGGAGGGCUCGUGGUUUCUAUCACAUAACAACCUUCAUGAAAGGUUUCGCAAGUGAUAGCGAUGAUGAAUUUGCAUAG